CGACGCGGUACUUGAGGUGGUGAGGAGGGGCACAUACGCGGGAUCGGCAGGGAAGGUCAAUUUAAAGCUUGGGGUGGAGCAACGCGGCUUUGGUGACAGGGAUCGCAGUUCGACCCUGUGGGAACCACCGCCAGAACGACACACGACAACGUUCGUCAGCAGAGAGUCCAACGCCAAACCUCAUCGAUAAAUGCCACCGCGUCACGGUAUAAGAGCAUAAUAACGUCUCAUCGGCACCUAAAACCUGUACCAGCUACUUGGAUGCUAUAAGCGACAAUGGUACAAUCGAAGGGGAAGGAUCGGGCUACCAAUGGUCUUACCAGCCAACCAGGCGUGGUCGGGGCGGUUGCCAGAUUUUGGCAAAAGACAUAUGCCCCGGAUUAUGUUGGCCUGGCAGUCCUUAUAGCUGCUUAUAUUGUGCUCGAGUUCAACACCACGCCAUUCCAUAGAUUAUUCGAACUGGGCAACAUUGACCUUGCCUACCCUCAUGCGGAACAUGAGAGGGUUCCCGUCUGUGAGUCUCAGUCUUUAGAUUACUCGAAUUCUAUACCCGUACUGCCCAAAGGUGUUCGUAGGGCGUGUGCGAAGCAACGAGCAAGAUGUCAGCAGUUAUCCAUUUAUACGGAGAAUCUGAAACUUUCAGAGGCUAUUUCAGCACUGCCCCUAUGAAUACUUCCGAGCCACGCAGGCGCCUUUUAGAGCACUGGCUGACUAUAGUUAGCAAUGAUGUUCCUCUACGGCGGCGGUGUCCCCCUCAUAGCAAUGGCUCUCUGGCUCGCCAUCUCCCGCGCCGGCUUCCACAAGUCCCACGUUACCAUACUCUCGUUCUUCAUCGGCAUGCUGUUAACGGCUGUCAUUACCGACCUUAUCAAAAAUGCUGUCGGCAGGCCAAGACCUGAUCUCAUUUCCCGCUGCAAAGCGAAGGCGGGCACACCUCUUCAUACACUCGUCUCAUGGGAAGUUUGUACAGAGAAUGACCACCACCGUCUCCAUGAUGGAUGGCGCUCUUUCCCUAGCGGACACUCCAGCUUCUCAUUCUCUGGCUUGGGUUUCCUGGCGUUGUUCCUCUCCGGCCAGAUGCACGUUUUCCGCCGCGAAGGCGACUUGGCAAGGGGUCUAUUGGCAUUAGCGCCGCUGAUACUCGCAGGCUGGGUUGCAAUUUCGCGAUGCGAGGACUACCGGCACGACGUGUAUGAUGUUACUAUUGGCAGUGUUUUGGGGAUGAUUGUUGCUCAUUGGAGCUACCGACGGUUCUAUCCGCGUCUGAGGAACGUGAAUUGCGAUUCUCCGUAUGCAUCGCGGACAUCAGUGACCUCUGGGGGCGGGUUUGCGAAGGUCGGAAACGAUGAGGAGGCGGCAGUUAUGCAUGAAGGGACCGGGCCGAGUGCCUUCAAUCUCGGUGAGAUUGAUAGCGGAGACUCGGACUGAAAGGCCGAUUCCUCAUGGGUUUAUGGGCUGAUCGAAUGAGCUCAUCUAUUUCGAUUUUGCACUUGAGUGAAAAGAGCGGAUCAUGUAUGAAUACACUGCGGGGAACUUUAGGGCUAUUAUGAAGACGGGUGUAUACAUCUACGGAUUAUAAGCCACACGGGAUGUUUAUAAAUGGACAUAGCAUUAGCGCAAAUGAUGAUACGGAGGAAGCAUUGAA